UAUCAUGAUAAACACGGCACACAAGAAAGGUAGUUAUAUCAAACAAUGUUUGCUGAAGAUAAGAAAUAGCAAACGAUUAUCAGGGGAUAUCAAAGUUUGUGUAAAUUACAAUGUUGUUGUUGAUAAUUUUGCAUGAAUAAUUUAUAAUAUUUGCUAAAAGUAUAGAUGAUAAAUUCAAAUAUUGGAGUAUAUUUAUAAUCACCGUGUAAACUUUUUCAGCUGCCUUUUUUUCCCGAUACAAGUCACUUUAGUUCACCAGAGGUAUAAGGAUUAAGUAAUAAAGUUACAAAAAGAGAACAAUAACAGAACUUAAAUUUACAAAAUGUUUAGCAACUGGCAAAUACUAAACACAUUAAUAUAGACUUCUUUUUUCUAUUUAACUAUUGAUUGCUCAAUCAUAUUUUUUCAUGGAAGCAGGAUUGCCUUGCAAGUUUUGCUUUUCUCUAAACAGCCCUGACACUGUCAGAAUAGUCAACAAUAAAAUUGAAGUUUCACACAAGGAAAAUCUUAAAAAAAGAAGUCUCAUCAUUGAAAAAGAUCAAAUACAGACGGGCAUUUUCAGCACAUAAAAUUAAAUCAUAUUUUCUUUUUGUGACUAAAAUCGUUAUGAGAAAACAUAAAUAUUUACAACUUCUUCUCAUGAUAACUUGUGUUAUGGUCUUUUAUAAUUUAUACCGCAGUAGAUCUAAUAUCAUAACACGAGAAGGCUGUAGUCAGGCAAUACAUGAUAAUCAAUAUAAAAUCGUCGAAGAAAGUUCACUUAAAGCAUUGCUUCGACUUUGUUCGAAUAAUUCAGUGAACUUGAAUAGCUUUUUAAGAGAAAAGAUGAAAACAUUUAUUUGUAAUCAAUCACCUGAAUUUCUGAGUACUUCGAGACCACUUGUCGCCCUUGCAAGUUACCCAGGAUCAGGAAACACAUGGACACGUCAGUUAAUAGAAACAGCAACAGGAUACUAUACGGGCAGUAUAUAUACUGAUUGGAAUUUUGUCGGGUCAAAGGAGUGUCCAAUGCGAAGAAAGAUAUUCAUUGUGAAAACGCAUUUAAAAAGUAACAGUUCAAUCGGUCAUCCCGACUGUGCAAAAAUGGCUAUUUCACAGCUUAAUUUCUCUAGUGCCAUAUGUAUUCUAAGAAAUCCUUAUAACGCUAUUGCUGCAGAAUUCAAUAGGCAACAUGCAGUGGUAAACAAAACUAAAGAUACACAUUUCAACGCCGGACAAGGUAUAGCACCUGAAGAAAUAUUUAGAACAACAACUUGGACAUCAUUUGUUUCAAGGGAGGCUUAUAAAUGGAAAGAUAUGGCACUUUAUUGGAUACAAAAUAAGAAUAUACCGGCUUAUGUUCUUGUAUAUGAGAAACUGUUUGAAAACACAAUUCUUGAAACUUCUCACUUAAUGACGUUUCUAAACUUUUCAGUAACAUAUAACUCUUUAUACUGUUUGUCCAGUAAUGAGAAUAGAAGAUUUAAACGAAUCAUACCAAAAUGGCUGACAAAUGAUUACAUUUACAAUAAUAAACUGAGGAGAAUUGUAAAUAAAGUUAUUGAUAUGGUGGAAAUAACCAUAGGCACUAAACGGAAAUUAACCGACGUUCUCAAUUCUUAUCAUUUACCAAUAGAUGAUAAAUCAUGACUUUAUAAGGCAAUUUGACUUCAAAUUAUGCAUGUAAAAGACAUUUCUUAAGGAAAACAUCUUAUCAAGUCUGAAGGUGAAAGGGCAACAAUAAUAUAAAAAGUUAAAAAAAUAAUCAAAAAUAACUUUGCUUCAAUGUAAAUACGUGGCAUUUUUAAACCUUCUACCAAUUAAAUUUGUUUAAAUUAUU